CAAUGGGAUUAAAGUUGAGAUGAAAAUGAAAACAAAAAUCUAAAAGGAAACGCCAUAAACCUAAGAGAUAGAUAGAUAAACAAUGUUUAUUUUUGUUUGAGCAAAUUGAAAUUUCAUCUUCUAUAUUUUAAAGAUCUCUAUAAAUUCUUAUCCUGAGAAAAUUGUAAUAAAGAAUGGAAGAAGAAGACAAGCUGCCUUUAAAAAGAGUAGAAUUUUCAUUAACGAAGUUUAAUGAAGUUGCAAUUCCACAUCAUCUGGAUUUACUACGGCAGCACAAGGCUAAUAUUAUCAAAUAUGAGGAGGGCGGCGAGUACGCGCGAGUCCGAAGCGAGCAGACGCACGCGCGGCGGGUGGCGUCGCAGCUGCGCGCGCUGCUCGGCGAGCUGGAGGCGCUGCGGCGACGCGUGCGGCUCGACGACCUGCCGCGCUUCGACGCGCUCACCCGGAGCUCCCGGGACAACACGCUCAAAGCGAUCAUGGACUACCUGGGUAUUAUUGAAAGCAGUUGUAGGGCGCUAGUGUCGCGCAGGGCGAGCUCUCGACCGAUCGAUACGUCUCCGUUGUCGGCGAACCGGCGCCCGGUGGAGGCGGUGGAGGUGGCGGCGGGCAGCACCGUGUCCUCGGAGUCGGUGGGCGUGCUGUCCCACCACGACGAGGUGCGCGAGCUGGAGCUCUCCUCCAUACAGUUGCAGGUCAACGACCAGGAGAGCUCGUUGCGGGAGCGCGAGGCGGCGCUGCGCGGCUGGUGCGAGCUGCAGGGCGAGGUGCGCGCGCUGCACGAGGCCUGGCAGCACGUGCAGGCCGCCGCGCUGCACCACCGACACCAGGUGUCGGCGGCGGCGGCGCACGUGGAGGCGGCGGCGGGUGAAGUGCGGGCCGCGCGUCAACACCUCUCCGCGGCCGAGAGAAUAAAGGCAGGCGCGUUGGGCGCCAGCGGAGCGAUAGCGGGAGCCCUGGUGGGGGGACCGGUGGGGGUCGUGGUGGGGAUCAAGGCGGGAGCCCUCGCUGCGCUGGCUGGUUCUGCGCUCGGAUACCUGGGGGGGCGGGUGCUCGCCGCUCGACAAAAACAGCCCCAGAAACAAGAAUGAUUAGAGACGUAGACGCGGGUCGUUACCGCACGAACUCGACCGGUGCUAAAAGCUCUGUGAGGGUUUCGAGUGCUCAUCGUCUAUAGCCACUCAUAUACACACAAGUAUACAAAAACACAUAUAAUUAAAGGCAUAAAAUACAAUAA